CCUUGCCGGUUUGGCGGGGUGAAAGGUUGGGAAGAUGGCGACGGCCUUGAGCGAGGAGGAGCUGGACAAUGAAGACUAUUACUCGUUGCUGAACGUGCGCAGGGAGGCCUCUUCUGAAGAGCUGAAAGCUGCCUACCGGAGGCUCUGUAUGCUUUACCAUCCCGACAAGCACAGAGACCCAGAGCUCAAAUCACAGGCAGAACGACUGUUUAACCUUGUUCACCAGGCUUAUGAAGUGCUUAGUGACCCCCAAACCAGGGCCAUCUAUGAUAUAUAUGGAAAGAGAGGACUGGAAAUGGAAGGAUGGGAGGUUGUGGAAAGGAGGAGAACACCAGCUGAAAUUAGAGAAGAGUUUGAACGGUUGCAGAGGGAGAGGGAAGAGAGACGGCUGCAGCAGCGAACCAAUCCCAAGGGGACCAUCAGCGUUGGCAUUGAUGCCACUGACCUUUUUGAUCGCUAUGAGGAGGAGUACGAAGAUGUGUCCGGAAGUGGCUUUCCGCAGAUAGAAAUUAACAAGAUGCACAUAUCCCAGUCUAUUGAGGCACCCUUGACAGCUACAGACACAGCCGUCCUCUCUGGAAGCCUCUCAACGCAGAAUGGGAAUGGAGGGGGUUCCAUUAACUUUGCACUCAGACGAGUCACUUCUGCAAAGGGAUGGGGAGAGUUAGAAUUUGGAGCUGGGGAUCUGCAGGGGCCUUUAUUUGGUCUAAAGCUGUUCCGUAAUCUCACACCAAGAUGCUUUGUGACGACAAACUGUGCUCUGCAGUUUUCGUCCCGUGGAAUCCGGCCUGGCCUUACCACUGUCCUAGCUCGGAACCUGGACAAGAACACUGUGGGCUACUUGCAAUGGCGGUGGGGUAUCCAGUCGGCCAUGAACACUAGCAUCGUCCGGGACACCAAAACCAGCCACUUCACUGUGGCCCUUCAGCUUGGAAUUCCUCACUCCUUUGCACUGAUCAGCUAUCAGCACAAAUUCCAGGAUGAUGAUCAGACUCGUGUGAAAGGAUCCCUUAAGGCAGGCUUCUUCGGGACGGUGGUGGAGUACGGGGCAGAGAGAAAAAUCUCCAGGCACAGCAUUCUAGGUGCAGCCGUCAGCGUUGGAGUCCCACAGGGUGUUUCUCUCAAAGUCAAGUUAAACAGGGCCAGUCAGACUUACUUCUUCCCUAUUCAUCUGACGGAUCAGCUUCUUCCCAGCGCUGUGUUCUAUGCCACUGUGGGGCCUCUCGUGGUCUACUUUGCUAUGCACCGUCUGAUCAUCAAACCAUACCUCAGGGCUCAGAAAGAGAAGGAAUUGGAGAAGCAAAGGGAAAGCACGGCCACCGACAUUCUGCAGAAGAAACAAGAGGCAGAGGCCGCUGUUCGGUUGAUGCAGGAAUCUGUGCGAAGAAUAAUCGAGGCAGAAGAGUCCAGAAUGGGGCUCAUCAUCGUCAACGCCUGGUACGGGAAGUUUGUCAACGACAAGAGCAAGAAGAGCGAGAAGGUGAAGGUGAUUGAUGUGACUGUGCCCCUCCAGUGCCUGGUGAAGGACUCGAAGCUCAUCCUCACAGAGGCCUCUAAGGCUGGGCUGCCUGGGUUCUAUGACCCGUGUGUGGGUGAAGAGAAGAACCUGAAGGUGCUGUACCAGUUCCGGGGGGUCCUGCAUCAGGUGAUGGCACUGGACAGUGAGGCGCUGAGGAUACCAAAGCAGUCUCACAGGAUUGAUACAGAUGGAUAAACUACUUGAGAAACCAGAUUAAAAAGAGGCUACAAAUAAUCUUUUCCUGGGAGUCUACAAAUUUGGAAGCAGGGGAAAAAACCCAGACGUCAGAUGUGUUUAUUUUAUAUUAUUCCUGUAGAAGGUGGUACCAUGUCAAUUAUGUGAAGGGACACACAGGCACCCCGCUUUCAUGGGUGCUGUAGGUAGGACUGAGGCAGCCCCACCUGGACCAGAACCGCAGCACCACCCAUGGCUGUUUUCCCAAGGAUCACGUCCCUAGAGGGAAGGGCCUGGGCCCCAGGGCGCCUGCAGGUCCCUCCCCAGGCUCAGUGUGUUUGCUGACUGCAGCCACCCAGUAGCUCUUGGUCUCUCUUGAGGUAUUUAUGGAACAUCUUGCCCUCACACACAGGACUGAACUGCUUUUCCUAAAAUCCACAUUGAACAUGGAAAACAAAAUGGAAAGGAAGGAAGGAGUUCUCAGGAGCAGAGGUCUCCAGACCAAGUGAGCAUCUGUUCAAUCAACUUCCCGAAAACCACCUUUUCCUCCUGAAAUAUUACUAAGUGAAUCUGCAGAGUAUUGUGUGGGUUUAUAAAUUUGCUUUUUAUCUGAGAAUGAAUGGUUUUGGAAAUUAGUCUCUUUUUUCUCCUCCCAGAACUUCUUGAAUCAUUCCACUGGCACCUGGUUUGGGACACGGUGGUGUAACUCCAGGUCCCAGGGCCCAUCCCUGUCACGGGUCACUCCCAGGAGCCACCUAUAUCCUUGUGGGAGAAGGUAGAUGAGAGCUGAGCCGUGUCCCUCUCAACCUGCCCCACACAGCUCAGCCUGACCUGCUGUGCCCUUCACACUAGAGUGUAGUGUGAGAAUGAAGAGAGGUUGGGGGGGGCGGGAGGAGGGAAGCAUAGCUGAGGGGGCUUGAAAGGACCAGGGCUCAGACGUGCCAAAUCCUGAGCCAGUCCUGAGCGCCAGGAGAGCUCCGAGGCUGCCUGUGCCUCGCUCACACACAUGGCCAGCAGGUGUCACUGCCGCUCCCCACGACUGGUCAUGUCCAACUCCCUCCUCAGAGGGGCCUCCUGUCUGGGUGUCUGCUCCCAAGACUUUCUUUCACUUGCCUCUUCUGUGGCUGCAGACUGUUUUGGGAGCCAGGAUACUCCUGAACAGCCUGGUCUGUUAACUGUGGUAACAGUUACCUGAUGAGCAAAGAGGGCCUGGAUGGUGGUGGUUCUGGCAGCCUCCCUGUAGCUAUUGCUCAAUGAGGCUUCAUUCCCUGGCAUUGGUACCUGAGUAACUGCUAAUGACCCCCUUCCUCCAGUUUUUAAAAUCAGUUCAGGUUGCCCGGUUCUCUAAUAUUUAUCUAUCUCUUUAUCUCCAUUUUAAAUAAGUUUUUCUCUGAGCUGCUGCUCUGAAUGUGAAUCGUGCAAUAAGCAUUGCGUUAAGCUGAGUCUGACUUCCAACACAGCCCUGUGUUCCCUCCGCGGCCCCUCCACAGCCGGUGGCUCUUCUGGACACUGAUUGUUUGCAACAGACUGUACAGAAGGCACACUCUUACCACAAUAAACCUGUCCUGAAAUCUGG